AUGGCAUUUCGUGAAUUAGUUGAGGGUGACUGUGGUGGACCUAGUUCUUUAGUCCAUCUUACAUCACAUUUUGUGCGUGAUCAUGGAUUCAAGGAAGAAGGAAUACAUCAUCCAUUUGGACAUGUGGAACCAUUUCAGCCUUCAGAUUCAGAUCAGUUAGUUAAACAAUUUUUAGAAGAAAAUGCUUCGUGUCCUCAAACAUUUAGAAUGGAUAAUUUAUUACAAGAGAUGCGAGAAAUUGAUCACAACAUUCAUCCACCUAUAGCAGCACCAGGAGUAGCUCAAGAAUUAACAGGUUUAGAUACAGCAUGGGCAAAUCAAUAUCUUGAAUCUGGACGUCAUUUUAGCGAACAUCAUACUGAUGAUAUCUGGCAUCCUGAUAUAGAACAGAAUUCAAAUGUUGUAAUUCAACAGACACAUGAAUUAGGAUUAGGACCAAAGUGGGCAGAGGAAUACAUAGAACAUAGCAUUGAUGCUAUACAAAAUGAUAUUAAUAAAGAUGAUACAACUGAGACAACAGAAAAUGAUAAAACUAAGUUUGCAUAUUCAAAAUUUAUGAAAUUUAUGAAACAAGAGGGAGAAGAAGAAUUAGCUGUUGCUGGUAAUUGGAUAGACGAAUUUCAGAAAGAUAAGACUUCUUCAGAGACAGACAAUCAUGAUUCUGCAUUUUUACGACUUCAAAAUGAAUGGGAAAAAGUAUCAUCUUCCGAAGAACUAUCCAGUAAACAUCCAUGGUUAUCAGAAUAUGAUACAUAUUAUGAUCCAUUCAAAGAUUAUGAAUUUCAUGAAGAAAAUCCCAUGAAGAAUAUACCUAAUCCAUUAGAAGAAGGAAAGAAAAGAUUAGAAGCUGGAGAUUUACCAAGUGCUAUACUUUGCUUUGAGGCAGCAGUACAACAAAAUGAAAAUGAUUCAGAAGCUUGGUUACUUCUAGGUAAAACUCAAGCUGAAAAUGAACAAGAUCCAUUCGCAAUUUCAGCUUUGAAACGCUGCCUGACUCUUGAUCCUAUGAAUGGUGCUGCCCUUAUGGCCCUUGCAGUUUCAUACACAAACGAAUCCUAUCAAAACCAAGCGUGUUUAACGCUAAAGGAAUGGUUACUAAAAAAUGAAAAAUACAAGCAUCUUUCACUAAGAAAGGCUAACAUUGAUCAACACCCAAAGUCUCAUGUAUCAUCAAUUCUGUUUGAGUAAGAAUCCAGUCUAUUUAAUAAUGUAUAAUAUAACAAAGCUGCACGAAUGAAUCCACGCGAUGAAAUUGAUGCUGAUGUUCAGUGUGGACUAGGGGUGCUCUUUAAUUUGUCUAACGACUAUGAUAAAGCUUGCGAUUGUUUCCAGGCAGCGUUACAAGUACGCCCGAAUGAUUCCAGGUUAUGGAAUAGAUUAGGCGCAACGUUAGCUAAUGGUCAGAAACCGGAGGAAGCUAUAAAUGCGUACCAUCGUGCCUUAAAAUUAUCUCCUGGUUUCAUUAGAGCACGCUACAAUUUGGGAAUUUCUUGCAUAAUCCUCGGAGCACAUAAAGAAGCUGGUGAACACCUUUUAACUGCUCUAAAUCAACAAGCUGCCGGUCGCGGAACGCAGGGUGAAAGUCUUUCGCCAAAAGCCAUGUCCAAUACCAUUUGGUCAACAUUGAGACUUGUUAUUUCAUUGAUGCACAAAUACCACCUAAACGAAGCUAUAGAAAGCAGAGAUCUAGCGAGGCUGAAUACAGAGUUCGAGAUUGUAUGAAGAUUCAAACUUGUUGAAGCUACUUGUUAAAAAAGUAUAAACCGUUUUUAGUUUUUAUGG